UGUCGCGCGUGUAGCCGAAACGUUUGGUCGAGUGGUUCUCUCGCGCGGCGUCUCGGUAGUCGGAACAGGCCGCGCAACGAGCGAGUGAGCGCGCGAUUUGCGUGCAGACAGCAAGGAAGAACGAAGGAAAGAAAAGGAGCAAAACCAGAAAAGAGAGGGAAGGAAGAUUCGUGCGUCCCGCGCGAGAAGCGUUAAGAUCCUGUUAUUAUGUCAGUUAAGUCUUCUACAUCUUACGCGCAAGAAGACUUGGACCUGAUCAAUUCAGAAAUACUAAAUUUGGAACAUUCUGCCUCACCAUUAUUAUCUGAAGCGAGAACACCUAAAUCUGAUAGUUGUGGCGAAAUGUGUUAUUCUAGACCUGAAUCAUCGGCAGACUCCUUAAAUCUACCAGAUAGUUCCGAAGUAACGGAUAAUGAGUAUAAAGCGACAAAUCUAAAAGAAAAUAGUGGUAUAUCCGUAAAAGAUAAAUUAACCGAAAAUUCGGAUAAUAAAGUGAAUACAGUAGCGAUGCAACUUGGAAUUGUUGAACCAGAAACAACAAUGAAGACUGGUGCCAAAGAUCUAAUGAUAAAAGAAGAAUUAAGAUUACCCAGCAACAAGGAGCUUGACAAAUCAGUGGAUUUGAAACCAAAGAUGAUUUUAAAUCGUGGUGGUUUGAAAUUUUUUCCUGGUGCCAAAUUGGAAGCGAAAGAUUUUAGUGAAAAAUGGCAUUCUGCAAAAGUGGUAGAAACAGAUUGGGAGGAAAGGGAAGUCUUAAUACAUUUCAACAAGCCAAAUGCAACAAUUGAUGAAUGGAUACCAAUGGACAGUUCUAGACUUCGUGUAUUACAAACCCCACAAAAGGAAGCGAGAAUGAGGGAGUUUUCGGUGGGUGAACGGAUACUCGCGACGUGGGCGGAUGGCAAAAAGUAUCCAGCCAAAGUGAGCGCGAUCUUGACGAAUGACAGAUACAACGUGCUGUUCGACGAUGGAUACGCGAAGAUCGUUAAGUCGUCGAAAAUGACCAAGAUUGCCGCGAAUUCGACCAAGCAAUUAAGUGAAUUGGAUAGCUACAUUGGCAGCAAACAAGAGAGAAGGGAUAAGAAACGAAAGCAUACAGUUAUGGAGUUGUUUAAUACCCAUUCGAGAAGACGCACGAAACACGACGCCGAUAAGGCAUCAAAAAAGGAGGAAACUAUCAUCAAGGAAAAUGGAGAAAGUUCGAUAGAGAAAAUCGAGCUGGAUGGUACUCUAUAUGGUCCGUGUUAUGAUCCAGGCACAGAUUUGUUAAAAGGUUUUGAAACUAACCCCUCAAAAAUUAAAUCAUAUUCGAAGAAAAAUAAAAGGAAAUACAAAAAUGACACAGAAAAUUAUCAAGAAGAAAAUGUUGGUCCUGAGUGGAUCGAUGGAGAACCACAAGGAACUGAAUCUUAUAUUGUAGAUGGUAAUGAUGGACCGCGUCGAUCUAUAAUAGUACCAGACAAGAGGCUACCUCCUGGUUGGGAAAAACAUUUUACACAGAGAAAAGCUGGCACAUCUGCUGGAAAGUGGGAUGUUUUAUUCAUACAUAAACAGACUGGAAAGAAAUUCAGAUCGAGAAAUGAUAUUAGAAUAUUUAUGGAGAAUCAAGGACAAUUUGAUUUUGAUCCUGAAAAAUUCGACUUUUGUAUACAUCGCAGAAAACGGAACCAUGCACAUCGUGUGAAACAGGAAAUUACGCCAGAAGUACCAAAGAAGAUUAAAACUUUAUUGCCUAAAACGAAAACGUCUAUAUCUGAGAGUACUACAUUAUUUACUACAGUGACAAGCAAUGUUGAAACUUCACCUAUUGUCUCGACGCCUACUACAUCUACCACGGAUGGUGCCGUAUUUAUUGGACUUCGUGGUGGACUUCGUGUAGAAAUGGAGGACAGCGCUUACAAAUGUCCCAAGGAAGGUUGUAAUAAAAAUUUCCGAAAAGAAAAUCUGUUGCAAAUGCAUAUCAAGCAUUAUCAUCCUGAAUAUUCCAAAUUUUUGGGCUCCACUCCAAAAGUUGAAGACUUGGCUUACGCAAGAACGAUCGGAGAAUCUGUAGAAGAUAUAAUCCCCAAAAAAUCGUCGACAUUCUUAGAGAAAAUAAAUAAAUCCGUGAAAAAGAAAUCCCUUUCUGAAAAAUCGCCAUCUACUUUAUUACAAUCAACAUUGAAUACUAUGCCUCCGACAUCUCCAUCAGUAUCUGGUCCAGUGAUGACAGAAGAAGAAGAAAUGGAGCAAUUAGAGAAGUGUAAUGAUUUGCAAAAAGAGGAUAUGAAAAUUGAAACAAUGUCACCAAUAUCUAAUCACAGUAUGGAGAUAGACGACGAUAUUGAUAAGAAAAGAGAAAAUGCCUGCGCAUUGUCCCCUGGUACAUUAUUUGACAUGAAAGUAAAAGAAGAAAAAGCGCAAGGUGGCAUUAAAACGUUAUUGCCUAUAAGACCAGUGACAACAACGGAAACACAAAGAACUGAUAAGGCAAAACCUUUAGAUGAAAUGGCGCAUGGUGAGCGUGCAAAAGGCCAAAAAAGAAAACAACCUAUCGAACAUAAUAUGGACUCGUCGGCUAAAGCAAAGAAACGUCAUGGUACGUCAGAUCUUACUGAUACUUUCGGUGAUCUAGACGACAGUGCGAUGGAUGCCGAAGGGCCUACGGCGCUUAUGUAUAGAUAUAGUCGUAGAAAAUCUGACUCAAAGAGCGACGAAAAUAGCCAGAAUAAAAGCGAAGGAGUGAUGAUGAUGAUUAAUGGCGAACUGGUAAAAGUAGAACAACUUCGGAGAGAAGAAAUAAUAAAUUGCACGUGUGGCUUUAUGGAAGAGGAUGGUUUAAUGAUACAGUGUGAUCUUUGUCUCUGCUGGCAACAUGGUCAUUGUAAUGCAAUCGAAAGAGAAAAGGAUGUUCCUGAAAAAUACAUUUGUUAUAUAUGCCAACAUCCGUAUCGACAACGGCCAUCUAAAAAAUAUUUUCACGAUCAGGACUGGAUUAAGGAAGGAAAAUUGCCAAGUUUGUCUAAUCGAACUCGGAAUCAAUAUAUAAUAAAUCAAAGGACUGCAAUGUUGAAACGUUCUUAUGACUUAGUUGCUGCGCUUUUACAAAUACAACAACUUCUUCAUAGUAUGCGCGUAAAAAUCAACGUGGCACAAAAGAAAGAUCAUCCUAAAUUAUAUCUUUGGGCUAAAAAUUGGGAAGAAAUGGCUGUACCAAAGAUAAAUGUGGAACCAGUACCAGUAAUGGAGAUAACUAAAACAGCAAGUUUUACCGAUACUAGUUCAGAGAUUUCACGUCGUAUUGAAACAAAAACAGAUACCAAAUUAUCUAUAAAAGACGAUCAAGAUGAAAAAUCAAUUGCUUCCGAUUCCGAAUUGAUGAAAAUUUUAGAGGAGGAUAGUACACAUUCUGAUGAAUCCAAGAUUGUUAAUAAAAAAGAAGUUUUGAUGAAUUCGAAGGACAGUCAUAUACUUUUAGAUGCUUUAACAAGUGAUAAUUCAGAUAUAAAAGAAAAGAAUAUUGCUGCAUCAGAUGUUAAAACGGAGAGCGCAGAUUUAUUAACUGAGAAAAAUAAUAUUAUUGAUUAUUCUACAUCUGAGAAUCUCAAUUCUGGAUCGCUUAAUGCCCAACAAGAACAAAAAAUGAACGUCGAAAACGAAGUCUCCACACUUCCGCAACCUUUUAUACCAGAGCCUGAGGCACCAAUUGAUCCAGCUGAAUGCCGAAUGCGAUUAUUAGAGCAUAUUGAACAUUUUCAAUGUCAUAUCGAAUCAAGAUUAACAUCUAUAGAAGCACAAAUUUUUGCUUUAGAGGCGAUGGAUCCAGAUGAACUUGUAUCAGAUCCGCAAAUUCAACCUCGUACCAAGCAGACGGUUCAAAUGCUUCUUCGUGACUUGAAUACAGUUCGGAAACUGGCAGCACUGUGUUGAAGAUGUCAUCAAACUGUUGAAAACAAAGCUGUCAGAUGUGAAAAACUUACAGCAUGCCACACAAGCGAGCACACGUAUACUACGUGUGCUCGCUUGGUAUGUUGUAAGCUUUUCAAAUCUGACAGCUCUGGUUGAAAAUAUAAAUUAUAUAUAUAUCUUUAUAUAUAUUUAGAUAUGUAUAGAUAGAUAUAUAAGAAUAAAUAUAGACACAAGUGAUAUUUCUUAUAUUGCAUCACCAAUGGAAUAGUUAUUUCAUCUUAAAUAGGAAUCAAAUUUAAUGAUUUACAAUGAGGCUAUUAAAUAAGCCUAUUUAAUUUUUCAUGUUUAUUUUUAUUAAAAUUAUAACAUUUAAAAAUCAAGUAAA